GUUUCGUGGUUGAAAUCUUCACAAAACACACACACACUCCCUCUCUGUCUCAGUCUCUGUGCUUCCGAAUCGGCUUUGAACCAUGGCGGCUCUGGACUCCGACGUGCCGAUGACCCCCGCCGGCGAAGCGUCGAGCAGCGACGCCCCUCUUCUUCCUGCUCCUCUUCCUCCGGCGUCUUCUUCGUCGGCGUCGUCGUCGUCGUCGAGGAAACCGAAGCGGUUCGAGAUCAAGAAGUGGAACGCCGUCUCGCUCUGGGCCUGGGAUAUCGUCGUGGACAACUGCGCUAUCUGCAGGAACCACAUCAUGGAUCUGUGCAUUGAGUGCCAAGCUAAUCAAGCGAGCGCCACUAGCGAGGAGUGCACGGUUGCUUGGGGAGUUUGCAACCACGCAUUUCAUUUUCACUGCAUCAGCCGAUGGCUCAAGACUCGUCAAGUGUGUCCAUUGGAUAAUAGCGAAUGGGAAUUUCAGAAGUAUGGUCAUUAGAGCCUUCCGUUCAACAUCCUUUUGCUGCUAUUUCAAUACCUGCACUGAAGUCGGAAGGCACAAUGUGUUGAUCUGUCGAAACAUUUGACUCUCGGCCCUGUAACCUUCCCCACUCCUCCUGUUGGAGUUUCAUUGGAUGGAGAGUGAUCAGAAAACAUUAUUUGCAAUUAAUGUGAAUCUCUCUCUCUCAUGCGCUUAUCUGCGCGCUGCUUUAUCAGGGUUCUGCAUAUGUUAUAUGAUCUUACUUUAGACGUUGGGAUGAGAUUUGGUGCUCUAGUUAGGCUAUGCUUCUUCUUUUGAGGCGUGAAAGCCAUCGUGCAUAAGCAUCUGUACUAUCUUUGUUACCCUCGAGCUCCUGAUGCUGCUCUUCAACACAAUACACUCUUCGCUGCCAAGUUUGCAGUGUUGAUUAAUGACUCGGAUUAGUAUCUUAUUAUCUCA